AUGAAUAAUCAUGAAACUCGUUCUACUAGAGCUGCUCCAUUACCGGAAGCAAAUGUUGCAGAAGCACGUGAUCAAUCUAAAGACAAAAGAGAUAAUCAUCGGGGCUAUGAUAAUCCAAAGAAACGUGGCAAAGAUAAGAGACGGUACAACAGUCGUCGAGGUGAUGGUCAUAAUAAAAGGGAGUACAACAUAAGUUCUCAAAAUAACCCCUCCGAAAGUAAUUGUCAUCGUUGUGGCAUGAAAGGCCAUCAGAAGAGUGAAUGUCGCACAUCUGAGCAUUUUGUCAAGCUCUACAAAAAUUUCUUUAAAAGAAAAGGAAAUAAAGGUGAUGCCUCCUCUUCGAAUGCUCGAGCCGAGUCACAUUUGACUCUUAGAGAUGAUGAUAAAUCGAGAAUAAUUUAG